GCCCCUGGGCGGACUCCCCCCAUCCCCGGGCGCGAAUGGUCCGGGCCGCGUCCGCAGUGCUGCUGGCUGCUCCCUGGUUGCUGGGUGCUAGGUGCUAGGUUCUGGGUUUCUGGAUGCGCGAGCCGCUCACACGUAACCUGUGCCAGCUCCUCGGGUGAGUCGGUCCGCGCGCGGUGCCCCGGGACGGCCAGGGGUCCGGGGCCCCAGGCAGUCCGGGCUGCAGAUUGACGCGGACCCCGGAUGCACCGCGCGCCCCCGCUCCCUCGCGGACGGGUCCAGAACUGGCGGGAAGAAGGUGCGGGGAGGGGUCCCUGAGGACCCCGAUGCCUACGAGCCAAGAUGCUCAGGGAACCUGGGAAGAAGCACCUGGCCGGCAGAGCACACCUGCUGUCACCAGGGACCACAGGCAGCAUGAAGACCCCUGUGGAGCUGGCCGUCAGUGGGAUGCAGACCCUCCGCCUUCAGCACCGCUGCCAAGGUGGCUACCGGGUCAAGGCCAGGACGUCAUAUGUGGAUGAGACUCUGUUUGGCAGCCCAGCAGGCACCCGGCCUACCCCACCAGACUUCGACCCACCCUGGGUGGAGAAGGCUGACAGAACCAGAGGCGUGGGCAAGGAGGCAUCGAAGGCCUUGGGGGCAAAGGGGAGCUGUGAGACCACCCCCUCAAGGGGCAGCACCCCGACCCUCACACCAAGAAAGAAGAACAAAUACAGACCGAUCAGCCACACCCCGUCUUACUGUGAUGAGUCGCUCUUUGGCUCCCGAUCUGAAGGCACCAGCUUCGGGGCCCCGCCGCGGAUGGCGAAGGGGGAUGCCGCAAAGCUCCGUGCUCUCUUGUGGACGCCACCAGCUACCCCCAGGGGUAGCCACUCGCCCCACCCCAGGGAGGCACCACUGCGAGCCAUUCACCCAGCUGGUCCCUCCAAGACAGAGCCAGGGCCGGCAGCAGACUCCCAGAAGUUAUCCGUGGAUGGGUUACACUCUUCACACCCCCUGAGGCGGGGACUUUCCCAUUCCCUCACUCACCUGAAUGUCCCCAGCACUGGUCAUCCAGCCAGCAGUGCCCCCCGCACAAAUGGGCCUCAGGAUCUUAGGCCUUCCACGUCAGGGGUGACCUUCCGGAGCCCCUUGGUGACUUCCAGGGCUCGCUCAGUUAGCAUUUCAGUGCCAUCUACCCCACGACGAGGUAGGGCCAACCAGAAACCAAAGCCCCCUUGGAAAUGAUACUCUUUCAUCAGGGUUGUCUAUGGGGCCACGGCGACAGGUAUGGCCCCUUGCCAGGGUAGGAGGACAUUCAUCACCCAGGGAACCCUAGGUAUUAAAGAAGCCCCUGUGGGGGCAGACAGACAUAGCAGGGGUGGGCAGCACCUCCCUUUAUCCUGACAAUCUCUAGUCGAUUCUUGCCUUUUUCGCCCGGUUGCAGAUUUGGGGGCCACCUCUAAGAUGCCUCUCUCCAGCCCUGUCUCAACCAUACUCCAAAUUAGUGCCAACCCAGGGGCCUGGCACCUCCCACAUCAUCCAUUGUCUUGCUGCCAAGUGCGAAUAAACGGUGUGAUUGCCAACCUGGAGGGUCCCCUCUUCUCCCUUCAAGCCAAGCAUCCUGUUCAGGAUUAGUUCCCAACUGAGUCUGCAAGCCCUAGAGGAGUUUUCCCAGGCUGUGUGUGAAGCCUGGGGAACACAAGGGCAACUGGGAGAUUUGUGAGUGAACACUGUUUCAUCUUAAUAUGCUUCUGUGUUUAUUUUCAUGUACUAAAUAGAUCAGCUCAUCAAAGCCA